GAAUUAACUUAGUCUAAAUCUGAUUUUGGUGGUUAUAUUGUGUUUAUUGUCUUCUGUCCGCGCAGAUAGUAUUCUUAUGAGAACUCCCUAGGAAUCCUGUAAUCUCCAGUCAUGGCUAGUCCACAUGAAUUAACGUUUCAGGAGUUUGAGGAAGCCGCCGAUCUGCUGUCUUCAAAUCCUGGAGCCUCAACCCUCAGCAUCUCCAGCCCCGGCGCAGCAGCCGCCUCAGAUGUCAGAGUUGAUCUGUCAGAAGAUGAAGACAAUCAGCAAGAGAGUUCAGAGGUGCUGGAUAGGAUAAUGGGCUCAGUCAUACCUUUGCCAGGACGGAAUUUUGUCAAACACCACAUUCGAAAUAACCCUGAUCUCUAUGGUCCUUUCUGGAUCUGUGUGACUCUAGUGUUCUCAUUGGCCAUCAGUGGAGACCUCUACACAUUUCUGAUCAAUAUGGGAGACCCAGGGUAUCACUACAGACCUCAAUUCAACAGAGCCUCGAUUGCAGCCGUCACUGUGUUCCUCUAUGCAUGGCUG